UGGUGGUGCAGGGGAGGCGUGGAUCUUGCUCACUUUUGACAUUCUCGUUGCAGCAGUAGCUUCUCCUCAAGGCAGGACUCAGAUGACACCACCCCGCCAUCGACCGGAGGAGAAACAAGGGAAGCGCUCUCUCUCUCUCUCUCUCUCUUCUCUGUGGAUGAACUAUGUUUUGACACCAGGACGUGUUUAGAAGUUCAUCAGAUGAAUCUUUUGGCGUCUUCUCUCUAGCAGUGGGAAUACUUUGAGAACAGUUCACCCCAGACUCUCGCGCACACGGAGCUCCGGGGGCGGAAUGUGAAAACCCCAUUUUGGCGCAUGUUCUUCUCCAUUGUGAGCUGCCUUCUCCUGCUUUCUGUGCGGUUGGAAAGCGGAGGAGGAGGAGGAGGAGGGACGGCUUUUCCCGACUAGAUCUCUUGCCUAUGGACGACGGCGGUCCCCUCUCUCCAAAGGCUAAUGCUUUCAGUAUUGCCUCUCUGAUUUCGGCUGCAGAGCAAGCAGGAAACGCAGCGUUUGACAAACAGAGCACCGGCCUGGACAAGCCAGACCUGCACAACCACAGUUCCUUUAAAAUGCACUACAGCACUGUCACCCGGGAAAUGGAAGCCAUUUCCAGUCCGUGGCUGACGCAGCUGUCCCAUUUUUGCGAUGUUGCAGCCUUCACGACGAGCAGCCUGAGCAGCCUCAACACGCCGGGGGGCUAUCACCUCUCCCCGUCCCCCGGGGAUCCCUACAGCCAACAUGAGUCCCACUUCGAGCCGUGCCCGGCCGCCCAGCACAACUACAACUACCCGGGCUCUAACCCGGGACAGGCCCCGCCGAGCGACAACGGGACUCCCAACUGCUCCUCGUCGUCUUCUAACUCCACACCGAACAGCAAAAGUAUCGUGAAGAAGAACCCCAAAGUGGCCAACAUUAACGUCCAGCUGGAGAUGAAAGCUUUAUGGGACGAGUUUAAUCAGCUGGGGACGGAGAUGAUCGUCACCAAAGCUGGCAGGAGAAUGUUUCCAACUUUCCAAGUGAAAAUAUUUGGGAUGGAUCCCAUGUCAGACUACAUGCUCCUGAUGGACUUCCUGCCUGUAGAUGACAAACGUUACAGGUAUGCUUUCCACAGCUCCUCGUGGCUGGUUGCCGGGAAGGCGGAUCCCGCCACGCCGGGUAGGGUACACUACCACCCGGACUCUCCGGCCAAAGGCGCGCAGUGGAUGAAGCAGAUCGUCUCUUUCGAUAAACUUAAACUCACCAACAACCUGCUGGAUGACAACGGCCAUAUCAUCCUGAACUCCAUGCACCGCUACCAGCCCAGGUUUCACGUGGUCUAUGUGGACCCCCGGAAGGACAGCGAAAAAUACGCUGAGGAGAAUUAUAAAACAUUUGUUUUUGAGGAGACUCGCUUCACGGCGGUCACAGCGUACCAGAACCACCGGAUCACGCAGCUGAAGAUAGCCAGCAACCCUUUUGCGAAGGGCUUCAGGGACUGUGACCCAGAGGACUGGCCCAGGAAUCACAGGCCAGGCUCUCUGCCAAUAAUGAGUGCCUUUGCCAGAACUAGAAACCCAAUGUCAUCUCCUCCGCAGCAGAACGGCUCAGAGAAAGAGGACAGUAGACGGGAGUAUGAGCGAGACCCUAGUGGCACGCCCAUACACGCUGACCCAGCUCACCAACUCAUGUCCCGGGUCCUCAGCCCUGCCUUACCCGUCCCAGGUGGCCUCCACGCCGUCCCGCUCACCAGUGGCAGACCCAGCCCUCCCCAUGACCUGCGUUCAGACCCCCACGCUCUACCCCCGGACACCUUGCACCACCACCCUUACAAAUACCCCACCACCUAUGAACACUACCUGGGAGCCAAGACCCGGCCGUCGCCUUACCCUUUACCUGGUAUCAGAGGACACACGUACCACCACCACAUGAACCCAGCCACAGCUAACAUGUACUCAGCCACCAGUGGGCCCUCUAACUAUGACUACGGGCCCAGAUAAUGAUGACUCUACAUCUGAGCUAACGGCGCACAGCACUCUGGGAACAGGCAGGAAAGGCAACACUGCCCUGUCUGUAGGCGGCUUACGCACCCUCAUGGUGCAUUCAGCGGGCUGAGACUCCUUUCUGCUGGAUAAACUCUGCCAUAUUUAUUUAAAGGAAAUUUCUGCGUCAAGCACUGCCACCUACUCGGAGCCCUUAAAGAGGUCAGUUUGACCUUUGAACCAAAAUGGCUGAAGCCCCACACUAGGGCUUCCUUUACCUAAGCGGUGCAGACAUUGAGCCAGCAAACAGAGGCGGCAGGAGGGACCUCUCCUUAACACGGACGUUAUCACAGACUGGAAUUGAAUUCGGUUUUUUUUGUUUUUUUUGUGUUGAAUGCACUUUUUGAUUUGCCUUGUUUUUAAUGCUUUCAAAAAAGCCAUAUGUUAUAUAGUCCAUCAACCUUCUAGGUAGACGAGAUGUUUGCAUGUUGAGCUCAUCAGAGAGAGUGUCGAAACACAUCGAAAUGUUUUUGUUUGAGGAAAUAAAAAUACUAGAUUUGGUUUUGAAACGAGCCGCUCCAAGAAGUUUGUACCAUGGCACUGACUUGCAGCAAUUCAAAGUAAAUAAAUGAAGCAGAAUGACUGUUCUGUAUCUGUAAAAUAAACAUUAAAUUCCUUUAAUUCAUAAAAAACAAAAAGGUCUAAGAGCAGAUCGUCCAUUCAGAGCUGUGUGUUCUCUUGCAGUGCUGAAGGGGGGAGGGUUAAAACAAGCUUACCUCACUGAUAGCAUUGUUCAGGUUUCUCCGGCCGGAUUUGCCCCGCUGAAUUGGGUUGAGGUGUCGGCUGCUCCUGCACCAACUGCUGGUCAGGACUUGGAGGCUGUCUAAACAUGGGGCAGCACUGUAGUUCAAAUGUUGAGGUCUGGAUCUGGUUUAAAAAAAAAAAAAAAAAAAAAAAAGGACAUACAUCGCGUAAAUGCUCCACAUACUUCCCUCUUAAUUUUCAUUAAGAUAAGGUAGCCUAGGUCACAUAACUGAAUGAGGUUUUCAACUGAAAUCCUCCUGAGAUUAAUGAAUAAAACCUAUAACAAAAGAUCAGGUAACAUAAUAAAAAAAUGCAUUUAUUUUUUCAUGUUUAGGGAAAGUUUACAGGUACAUAAAGUCAUAUAUGGUGUGUUUACACCAAGCAGUCCAGUUUAGUUCAGUACAGCAUGUAAUUAUUUGCCCUUUCCACUGUCAAAAGUUGGGAAAAGUACCAAAAUAACUAUUGUACUAUCCUGCUUUUUGUCACACUUUCGUAAAUGUACCAGAAGGAUCAGUUUUAAUAAUGUGGAGACCAAUGUGAGGUCUCCUCUCCAUUUAGUUAAAAGCAAUCAUAGUGAGUGAAUAAAAUAUUCUGAAAGAUCUCUUUUCAGGUAAGAAAGCCAGAGAGCAUAUCAAUAGGACAUACUCAAAUCUGAAACAUAAAUAUUCAACAGUACUUCAUCAGCUCUUAGAAGAGCAUCAUCACAAUAUGUUGUCUCUAGGCCAGGCGUUUCUUUAAAAAUACUCACUAUAAAAUAAUCACUAUUGGUACAAUGUCCAUUCUUCUUAAAUUUGUAACAGUUGCAUGCCAUUUAACCACACAGUAACCCGCAGGUCCAUGGUUCAUUUUUACAAUAUGUCUUUAAGAAUCUAAACUAUAUUUUUGCUUGAUUUGAAGACAUUUGGGGACUUGUUGAGGGGCUUUGGCUCUGCUGUUUGGGCCAGGGGUCCUCACCAAGGACUUUUAGGAUAAACAAAAUCUAUGUGAUGAUAUUGUAUGCCCUCUUGGCCCCUUAUUUACAUUCAAAGUAAACAAUUAAAAGUACUUUUAAACGCAUACAUCAUAUGUUGACACAUAUCUUGAGGCCCCAUGGAGCAUGAGACCCCAAACAAUUGCCUACCUGGAGUUAGACACCCGCUCAGCAAGUGAGAGAACUGUCAGCCAUGGACUCAGAUGAGGGUUCGCCCUACCAAAUUGUACAGAACCAUCCAGAUUGUUUGAUGGAAACACCACAGUGGUGUUUCUUUCUUAACAAAAAAA